UUAGGUUAGGUUAGGUUACGUUACUUGUGUCUGCUGUCUAGGUUUUCAUUGUUGUAUUGUCUCUCUCUGCGGGAAGGUAUGGCUUCCGAUCUCUGCAUCCAAAGGAACGAUUCCAAAUGGGAGAUUAGAGAUUCACUGGCGAAGAAGCAAAGGUGCGAUGGUUACGCUUCCCCGCCACCUCCACCAUCACCAUCACCAUCACCAUCAGCGCUUUGUUCAUCAGCAGAAGAAGAAAAAGAAGACCCUAGAUCUAAAAUCGUAUUCUAUAACUACGAUGAUGAUUCAGAUGUGGAAGAUGAUAGUGAUGGAAUGCAUGAGUUUACUGAUAAGGAAUUCCAAGAGUACGAUAGACAGUUAACCCAAAGUGAUGGCUUUGAUGUCAUGUGCUUCCCACGCUCGUUUGGGUGUGGUGGAACAUUGCCGGUUUUUAACCUCGAUGAGAUUGUCGACGAUCUCAAAACUUUUGCGGAAUUGGCGCUCAAGCAAUACAAUGACAAAGAGCUUAAGAAUCUGGAGUUUGUGAAGGUUGUGAAGGCAAACAGGGGUUUAUUUGCUGGGUUUAUGUAUUAUAUUACCUUCGAUGUUAAGGAUGCUGAUGCUGUUGAUGGUGGUACUAUGGAAUUUCAGGCUUGUGUUUGGGAUGGGAUUGGCCAUACUGACGUACUAAUUAGUAGGCUGAAAAUUAGCACUUAGUCAAGGAUACACAGAUUAUCAUUAAUUCUAUACCUCCUUGGAUAUGCAUCCGAAUCACAAAAUUGCAAAUGAUUACAUCAACAGUUUUUUGAGAUGUUAAGUGAACAGUCCCAGCCUCACAGGGCAAUUAUUUUUAUUUUAUCUAUCCAUAGUUGAUCAAGCAAAUAGGGAUGUUUUAUAUUUCUACUAGUAUAGUAUUUGAAGUUUUAUUGUUCUUGACCGUGUGUCCCAUAUAGAAAGAAGAAAAGUAGAUGACCACCGCAUGUUGAACAAUAUCCUGAACUGAUAUUAGGAAACCAAAGGAAGAAAGUAUUAAAAACAAAAAUAAAUAAGCUGAGUCAUUAUGUAAUCAGAAGAUAAAACUUUAGAUCUGAGUAGCUUUAAGUGCAAUUAGAAAGAGUUCAUUAUGAGUAUUUUAAUUUUCAUUUUCAGUCUUUCUUGCAUGCUUGUAUGUAUGUAUGUGUCUAUAUAUAUUGUGGUGAAGAACUAUUGUAUACUAUAACUUCAAUGCAGAACAUUUACACAA